GGCCGCGACAGUGUCCGGCGCCGAGGAGUCGCUGCGACGGUACUCCAGUGAGCACACCCGGGGCGGGGACGGAGGUGCUGCCUGGGCCAGGGUCCUUAGGCUGGAGCCGCGGCUGCCCACAGCCCAAGUCGGCGACUCUGGCCAGGCCCACGCUUUGCGCCCGCGGCUGGCGGCGCCGUUCCUGUGGCGCUCAGAAGCAGCCAGGUGUACAACCUCCUCUUUGACGCACUUUCCCUGACCAGCUGUGCCCGGCACGGACCCGGGCCCCCGCGGGUACAGCGCUGAGCAGGGCAGACGUGGCCAGAUGUCCAGAGAGGCCUGGGAACCAGCCCUGCCCCCUGAGUCCUCCCAGAAAGCGGGGGCGACGGCCACGUGAACCACAAACACAGUGUGAGCAGUGCUCUGGCAGGAGUCUGAAUGCGAAAGGUGUGACACUCCCAUCGCCCCACAUCCCAACUCUGGAGAACAGCUCCUGAGACCUGAAUUACAGACCGUCAUUUUAACUAGACAAACUGCUGCUGCAACGAGCUUCUGUUUGGGGUCACAAUGGCCACCCAAGGCAGGGGAACUUUAGGCCUCAUCUCCAGGGCUGCUGUUCUCCAGAAGCAAGAGGGACGCCUGACUGUAAAGCAGGAGCCGGGGAACCAGAACUGGGGACAGGGCUGCAGUCUCCAAAAGAACCACCCUCCUGUUUGUGAAAUUUUCCGGCUACACUUCAGGCAGUUAUGUUACCACGAGACGUCUGGGCCGCAGGAGGCGCUGAGCCGGCUGCGGGAGCUCUGCCGCUGGUGGCUGAUGCCGGAGGUGCACACCAAGGAGCAGAUCCUGGAGCUGCUGGUGCUGGAGCAGUUCCUGAGCAUCCUGCCUGGGGAGCUCCGGACCUGGGUGCAGCUGCAUCACCCCGAGAGCGGUGAGGAGGCUGUGGCCGUGGUGGAGGAUUUCCAGAGACACCUCAGUGGACCAGGAGAGGUUUCAGCCCCAGCACAGGAACAGGAAAUACAUUUAGAGGAGCUGACAACCUUGAGUGCAACAGAGGACUCUCCUCCUACCUCCCCUCUCAGUGACGAUUCAGCUGCGGGAGGCCACCUGGAGCCUCCUCAUGACCCAGGGACACGCCAUCUCCCCACUGGGCACUCCGCUCGACGUGCUUCCCCGGCGCCGGCCCUUCCCCCAGUGGGGAGCACAGGACACCACGCAGCAGCAGCGGUGCUUCAGAAGGUCGGGCCCCAGGGGUCCGCGGCGUACGAGUUCCUGUCCGUGGACUGCACGGAGAAGAAGUGGGAAGGUCCGGCAUCGAGUCGGAGAGCCGUGUGCCGGAACAUCGUGCCGGAAACUCACCGCAGCAUGGCCUCACCGGGUGAGACUAGGAUGGAGAAAUCAGAACUGCCUCGAGGGCAGGAAGUUUCUAAAGGAUCGGGGUCAUCUGAUGGGACAUCAGGAUGCCUGUACGGGGUGGUUCCUGGGGGACCAGGAGCUGGAAAUGUCGCUGAAGGUGCUUUAGGGAAGCUAGAACCCUCCGAGGAGGAAGGGAGCAGCCGGGAAAGUGAUCUCCUGCAAGUAACACGUGAGGAUGAAAACAAAUCCGCAAAAGAUGGAUGUGAUGACUGUCAGGAACUUGGGGAACGUCCCAACCUGUCUUCCAGUCCUGCAGAACAUCAGGUUCUGAAGUCACAGAAAUUCUACCAAUGUGACGAAUGUGGCAAAGCUUUCAGUAGGAGCUCACACCUCAUUGGCCAUCAGAGAAUCCACACUGGAGAGAAACCUUAUGAGUGUACCGAGUGUGGGAAGACCUUCAGGCAGACCUCUCAGCUCAUUGUUCAUCUGAGAACCCACACGGGGGAAAAGCCCUAUGAAUGCAGCAAGUGUGGGAAGACCUACCGGCACAGCUCCCAUCUCAUCCAACACCAGAGGCACCACAACGGGGAGAGACCGUACAAAUGUAAUGAAUGCGGAAAAGCCUUCACUCAGAGUUCCCAACUCAUUGACCACCAGAGAACCCAUACUGGGGAGAAACCUUAUGAAUGCAGUGACUGUGGGGAGACCUUUAUUCGAAGUAAAAGUCUUGUCCGACAUCAGGUGCUUCACACUGGUGCGAAACCCCACAAGUGUAACGAGUGUGGGAAAGCUUUCUGUUCUAAUAGAAAUCUUAUUGAUCAUCAGAGAAUCCACACUGGAGAGAAGCCUUAUGAGUGUAUUGAGUGUGGCAAAGCCUUCAGUCGGAAUAAAUGUCUUAUUCGACAUCAAAGCCUCCACACUGGGGAAAAGCCGUACAAAUGUAGGGAGUGUGGGAAAGCCUUCAAUCAGAACUCUCAGCUUGUUGACCACGAGCGAAUUCAUACUGGAGAAAAACCUUUUGAAUGUAAUGAGUGUGGAAAGGCAUUCGGCCUGAGCAAAUGUCUUAUUCGACAUCAGAGACUUCACACAGGUGAAAAGCCCUAUAAAUGCAGUGAAUGUGGAAAAUCCUUCAAUCAAAACUCACACCUCAUCAUACACCAGAGAAUUCACACUGGUGAGAAACCUUAUGAAUGUACCGAGUGUGGGAAGGUUUUCAGUUACAGCUCCAGUCUAAUGGUGCAUCAGAGAACUCAUACUGGAGAGAAACCUUAUAAAUGUAACAACUGUGGGAAAGCCUUUAGUGACAGCUCACAACUCAUUGUGCACCAGAGAGUUCACACUGGCGAGAAACCCUAUGAAUGUACUGAGUGUGGGAAGGCCUUCAGCCAGCGUUCCACUUUUAACCACCACCAGCGAACUCACACUGGAGAGAAGCACUCUCAGGUCUGGCUCGGUCAGUUUCCUAAGGCCUGAGUUUCCAAGGCAGAGAGCAAGGCACUUUGAAUUAAGCCUUCUUUGUAAGAUGGAUGUUUACCCUGAUCCCUUCUAGGAACCACUGAUGAAAGUGGAACAUCCCCUAAGUGCUGUCUGCGGGGUCAUGAGGGUGGGAGAGUGGAGGAACAGUGCCUCCCUCCCCACUGUUGGGGACAAAUGGAUGCACAUUUCAUGGACUUGUGUGGUUUUCUCCUUUCUUCCUUCUUUCCUUCCUUUUCUCCCUUCUUGCUCCCUUUCUGUCUUACUCUUUCUCUUUUUUUUCCAACUGUUUAAAAAUGUAUCUCAUUUCUUACGUAUGCAUCCUAUCAUCAUACUAUGUUUUUCAAAGACAGAGAUUAUGUCUUCCUUAUUCUAGUCCACCUGCUCUAUUUUAUCAAGUCAUUCUCUAGGAUUGAUUCAUUCUUUACUCUCUUUGGCUGUGGCCCUCCUUACCUACUUCUUUAAUUUACACUCUAACCUAGACCCUCAUCAUCAGUAUUCCGGACUCAAAAAAGCUUUUCUUAUCCCAUUUGCUAAUCUAUGUCCCUCAGAACCUCCCAGAUCAAUCUCGUCUUUAGAUAUUUCCAGAUCCAGUUCAUCUGUGAAAGACUUCUUCAUCUCCUUCUUUAUUCCUGUUACUCAUUUGA